AUGUACUGCCUGAACUGUCUUCAAGCCUUUCCAACAAUCGAGUCGCGUGAUAAGCAUUAUACCUACUGUAAAGAGAACGAGGCAGUAAAGAUCACGAUGCCCAGCGAGAAGGAAAAAUGGCUAUAUUACCAGGACGGACAAUGCCAGUUCAUGGUUCCAUUCGUGAUAUACGCAGAUUUCGAGAGCUUGCUCAUCUUAAUGAAGGAGAAUGCUCGGGAUACUAAGACGAAAAAGCUGAACAAGCAUGAACCAUGCGGCUGGACAACAUAUAGUACCUUUGCCUACGGGUCCGUGCCAGACCCACUAGCAGUCUACAGGGGUGAAGAUUGUGUGAAGAAGUUCGUUGAUCAUCUAGUGGAUGAGGUAAAGCGAUUCUACAACACAUACUCUCAACAGGACAUGUUACCAUUAACGGAGGUACUAAAAAGGGAGCACGACUCCGCCACUAGUUGCCACAUAUGCAUGAAACCAUUUAACGAUGAAAAUCGCAAGGUUAGGGAUCAUUGUCAUUACACAGGCUUAUGUCGAGGAGCGGCUCACAAUACCUGUAAUCUUAAAUACAGGAUACCAAACCAUAUACCCGUAAUAUUUCACAACCUAUCAGGGUACGAUGCCCACCUGUUUAUCCGUGAGCUGGGCGAAAAAUACGACACCCAAGAUAUCGGCUGCAUCGCUGAGAAUACCGAGAAGUACAUAUCAUUUAAUAUGAAAAUCAAUGUACCCAUUGCAGGCAUGGGAUAUUGCGAUGGUGAAUUUUACAAAAAGAUCGAAAUAAGAUUUAUAGACAGCUGUCAGUUUAUGGCAUCCUCAUUGGAGAAAUUGGCAUCUUAUCUUAUUGGUACGAACACGGCAGGCAUGAAAUGCCAGCAGUGCGCUGAUACAUGCUUGGAAUUUAAGAACAUUGAUGAUGAGUAUAUAGCAAGCUUUUGCUGUAGCAGUUGUGAAUCAAAUACCUCGAAGCAGUUAGAUAAGGAUCGAGUUAAGGCCAAUACACCAGCCAUGAGCUACUAUUUUAGCGAUAAUGAGUUAUUCCGGCUCAUGCUUAGAAGAGGCAUAUACCCAUACGAAUACAUGAAUGGUUGGCGAAGAUUCGAGGAGACUGAGCUUCCGCCUAGGGAGGCCUUCUAUAGCACCCUUAAUAUGAAUUCUAUCAGUGACAACGAGUACGAACAUACGCAGAAGGUAUGGAAUGCUGUUACUCCAAAGGGUCCAGAGACUACCAUGGGUGACUACCACGAUGCAUAUUUAGUGACGGAUGUACUGCUAUUUACUGAUAUAUUCCAGAACUUUCGAGGAGUGUGCCAUGAGAACUACAAGCUCGACCCUACCCAUUUUUAUAGCGCGCCUGGUCUUUCAUGGAAAGCAGCACUCAAGUGCAAAAAAAUCAAGCUUGAACUGUUAACAGAUCCUGAUAUGUUAUUAAUGUUUGAGAAGGGUAUUCGAUGUGGUAUAACCCAGGCUGUACACCGCUACGCGAGAGCGAAUAACAAAUAUAUGGGGGACCAAUACGAUCCUGAUAAGGAGUUGUCAUAUUGGCAAUACCUAGACGCUGUACGGAAGAUCGAGAAAUUGGUAUCUGAUAAUAAACAUAGGUACUUGCUGGAGGCUGACGUUGAUUACCCGAAGGAUUUACACGAUAAACAUAAUGCGCUCCCCUUCCUACCGAAGCGCAAGAUGAUCCACAGGGUCGAGAAAUUGAUACCAAAUCUUGAACACAAGAAGAAAUAUGUAGUGUACAUUGGAGCUUUACAUCAAGCUUUAAAGCAUGGGUUCGAGCUUAAAAAGGUCCACCGCGCUAUCCGGUUUAAUCAAUCCCCGUGGCUGCGAGGUUAUAUAGACCAUAACACGAAGCUGAGAACUGCCGCUAAAAAUGAUUUUGAGAAGGACUUUUAUAAGCUUAUGAAUCUCUCGGUGUUUGGAAAAAUCAUGGAGAAUAUCCGCAAUCAUCGGAAUGUCAAAUUAGUGACCAAUGAAGCCGCCUAUUCAAAACUCACUAUGCAACCAAACUUUAAAAACGGCAUAAGUUUGGGUAGAACGGGAAUCAAAAUGAACAAGCCCGUCUAUAUUAGUCAAGCUAUCUUAGAUCUUUCAAAGACCAUAAUGUACGAAUAUCAUUAUGACUAUAUGCAGUCAAAAUACGGUAGUAAAAUACAGCUGUGCUAUAUUGAUACGGAUUCGUUCGUAUACCACAUACGAACAGAGGAUUUCUAUCGGGAUAUUGCCGAUGAUGUUGAAUCACGCUUCGAUACGAGUGCCUAUACGAAGGAUGACAACAGACCUCUCCCAAUCGGCAAAAACAAGAAAGUCGUGGGCCUUAUGAAGGAUGAACUUGGGGGUAAGAUCAAUACACAUUUUAUCACAUUGAGGCCGAAAGCUUAUGCAUAUAAAGCCUUAACUAAAGACAGCGGCGAUAGAAAGGCCAAAGGGUGA